AUGGCAAAGGGACAGCUAGCAGAGAGAGCCGAUGUCGACAGAUCGGCUGCCGGAGGAGUACUGGAGUGGGAGGGAAUGAGAGACGGGGAUACGAUUAGGGUUGGGGGCGACCUUCUACCUGGCUACCUGAUGAUACCGGUUACCUGUUACCGACGCCAAGAAUGGACCGAAUGUCAUCUGCCACUUUGUCAGUCCAGCGCAGCCACGGCCUGCCGACUAGUCCCCAUCCUCACAGUCGUUCGCCCAGCAUCUUACACAGGAUUUGUUUCUUCCACAUCUACGCAUUUAAAUCUCCCAACACCACCCUCAUUUCUGUUCUAA